UAAUUAACUAGGCAUUUUUGGCAAAUAAUUCAAGCCGUUAUAUAAUUGUCAUAAUAGUUACUAUGUUAACAUGACAUAAUUUAGUAUUGCAUGCCUAGUGCAUAUAAUAGGAUAAAUGAGGCAGCAUGAUAUCAUUUUGGCUUAGUUGGAUUUGUUUUAACUUGUAGUGAUCCAUGACACUCUUUGGGAGUGUCUAGAGUGGUGGAACCUAUGCUCGCGGUAUUGUGUACAUAUAUUAUCUUUUUAAGAAACAAGAAAGAAUUAUUAUUUUGAUUUGCCUAUACAAAAACAUAAGUUAUCCUCCUAUUAUCGAAACAUAUUGUUGAUGUGCGUCAUCACGUGACUUAGUCGUCUCGUGAGCUAUCGACACGGCAUAAGUGAAAAGGUGAAAGUUUGCCCGGAAGGGUACCUAUGCUGGUGGAAGAAGGAAUUCGUGGAAUGAAAGGACGACAGUGGCAGAAAAUGGACAGCGUGUUAUGCAUAAAGUACCCUUGUGUAUGCAGAGCUAUAGUUGGGACUGCGGACUAGCUUGUGCCUCCAUGGUUCUACAAUACUAUGGGAGAGAGUCACAAAAAGUCUAUACGUCUGAUCUUGAGGAUUUACAGUGUGGUGAAAGUAUUUGGACAAUAGACCUUGCUUCCCUGAUGAACAAGUAUGGUAUAAAGCACAGUCUCUGCACUAUUACACUGGGAGUUGAUAAAAACUACUCUAAACAGGCAUUUUAUAGUAGGAAGUUCAGUGUAGAUGAGGAGAGAGUUUCUAAGCUAUUUGAGGAGAGUGGUUCAAAUGGCAUUGAAGUUCAGCAGAGGUCAGUAAGCAGAGAUGAGAUCAUAGCUCAUAUUGAGAUGGGAAAUCUCUGUAUAGCUCUUGUGGACUGGAAUGAGUUGGAGUGUAUCUGGUGUGACAGGCUAAGAUGCCAGACCAGCUGCUUUUCCUGUCUGACCAGUAAAUGUUGUGGAAGUUACCAAGGUCACUAUGUGGUUGUUUGUGGUUUUGACAAGAAGAAGAAAAGGAUAUUUUACAAGAAUCCAUCAUAUGAUGAAGAUUUGUGCUGCAGUAGGAUGGACAAGUUUGAUAUAGCCAGGAAAAGUUACGGUACAGACGAGGAUUUACUGUUUGUGUACAAAGACGGAGUGCCUUAGGUCUACACUGCUGUACUUUGCUAAUUCUUCGGGGACCAAUUGUGCUCAUUAUUUUACUUAUUAUGCAUAGAACUAUCAAGUUGCCUAUAAAUUCUUACUGUGAACAGUUGUAAAUUCGGAUAUUUUUGCACAGCCAAAAUUUUGCUACUUUUAGCAUUGUGUACAUUCAUGAACAUAAAAUUAGCAUUAUUCUCGAAAACAAGAACAAAAAACGAUAUUCCUGAAUUGCUGUUUUGUUAAUUUUCCUUACUAAUUUUAUAAACGAAAAUCAAAAACAAUGAAAUCUCUGUAAGCGGAACGGCUGCUGGACCAUAGUACAAUUUGUUUUCGAAGGGUUUUCAGUUUAGAGUGGUUUUGUGUAUGGAUUUUUUUCUAUAUUACAUAAAUAGUUUUGCAGUUUUACUUGUUAAGUACUGUAUGAAAUUACACCAUUAAGUUUGUUUUGACUUGUGCUACCAAUUUACCAAAUAUUGUGAAGUAUGGUAAUCAUGAUAAAGGCAAGUGCCAAAAUUCUGAUUGUGUUUAAAUUGUUCAGUUUUCAGGGGAUAUUCUGUAGUGAUUAGUAGAGGCUUUGUCUGCAAAAAAAUGUUCAGUUUCUGGAAUUGAGGGUUUAUUCAGGGGUAUUUUCCUAAUAAAAUAUGAAAUCCAAAGUUCGGGACUGCAAACUUUGUUGAGUUUGGAGUGGUUUCUGGUAUUCAGGAUUUCCAUUUUAGAGGGGUUUUGCUAUACCUGGUUAUUCAUAUCAUUUAUCCAAAAUUACACAAUACCUCAGUACUUGUAGACAUGGUACUGGCUGUUAUAAGCUUGGCAUCUUACGAUUGUUUGUCACAAUUCCCUAAUCUCUAAAAUUACCUUUGAACUUUCGCAUAAAUUAAUGUUUGUGAGACUGCCCGCCCACUUAGCUCAGUAGGUAAGAGCGUUGAUCUACGGAUUGCGGGGUCGUGAGUUCGAUCCUCGGGCGGGGCGUAUGUUCUCCGUGACUAUUUGAUAAAUGACAUUGUGUCUGAAAUCAUUAGUCCUCCACCUCUGAUUCAUGUGGGGAAGUUGGCAGUUACUUGCGGAGAACAGGUUUGUACUGGUACAGAAUCAAGGAACAAUGGUUAGGUUAACUGCCCGCCGUAACAUGACUGAAAUACUGUUGAAAAACGGCGUUAAACCCAAAACAAACAAACAAAAUGUUUGUGAGAAAAUGUAAUAUGCAAAAAUUAAUCCCUCAAAUAUUGCUGAUUUACAGUAUGCUGUACUGAUUGAUAAGUUUUGUCUCUUAAUCAGAAAUUUUUGUGAUAUAAACUGACCAUUGCUUGCCCUUGAUCGUGAAAAACUGCUGUAACUGCCAGGUUAGUAUAAUGUAUACAAAUUUGUUACACGUUUUGUGUUCUGUGGCAAAUGUAUUUGCUAUUUUUGGUAGUCAGUUGAAUGUGUUUGCUCUGUACAUAAUGUAUAUGUAACUGCAACAUUUGGACACAAACUGUUGUCCACUCAGAGGCAUAUUUGCAUCUUCCCCACAGGCAUAAGUGUAUCUUUCAGUGGCAUAAUUGUGACUUUGAUGAAUUUUGUUUCUAUAUAGAAUCACAAGUGCACUUUUACAGAUACGAAAGCAAUGUUUGAUAUUUAGGUCUUCUUCUGAUGGUAUUGGCCUUUUCAAGUCAUAUGAAAAUACAUUAGAUGCAUGUGAGCAUUGAUAACAAUGUUGUCCUAGUGCUGCAUUUCUCUUUUUUUCUCUAGAGUUAUGUCCCUUCUAUCAGUUUAAUAUUUCUUAUGCUCUUGGUUGUUUGCUAAAGUAAAUUGUUUCUUUUUUAUGUUUUAUAGAGUCCCCUUUCAAUUUUUGUUGUUUUAUAUUUCAAGGCUACUAUAUAUAAAAUUGUUCAUUGUGACUGGAAUGGUCUAACAUAAUUUUAUUGUGUUGUCUCAAUAAAAAAAGUUAUUGGCUUACACUGUAAAUAUAAUGUGCAGUCAAGUUUCAGAAAAAAUUUAAAUAGCAGAGAAUGACCUGUAUCAAGAAAUAUUGGUGGAAUAGUUGACAUAUACACAUGUAUGUCCCAUUCUAUAAUAAUCCGCAUUUUGCAACAAAUUCGGGCUCCAGGGUUAUUAAAACCAGUCUGAGGGGGCAAUCUUGCUAUUUGUUGAUUUCAAAAUUGUGCGUUACAAGUAACCAAUCAGAUGCUGGUAUUUAAGAAUUACCCUUAUAACCUUGGUAUAAUUGUAACUUUGAUGAAUUUUAUGUACUAUUUAGAAUCACAAGUGCACUUUUACAGCUGCAGAAGCGCUGUUUUGAUAUUGGGAGACACAAAGAAUAUCAUUACAUUAUAUAUAUAUAUAUAUAUAUAUAUAUGAAUUUAGAGGAAAAGAAACUCUGUUUGUACAAACAUUUAUUUAUUGCAGGGCAGUGGAAAUUAGUGCAAUAUUUGACAGACAAUUUUUUCAUUCUUAACCUCUUUUUUUGUUGGCUUUUCAAUGUUUGUAUCAAACUUAAUAGUUAAUUUGUUUAAACAUCCAGUCAGCAACCAGAGAUUCUUUCAGAAUUUUAUUUCACUUAUCUUUGUAUGAUACCAGGCCAUAUAAUGCCUGUUCAAUGAACUCAUUAGAGCAUUUAUUUGGUAUUCAGUUACAACAAAACUUAGUUUCUUUGGGUCAGUACUUGACUUUUAACCUGUAUGUAAAAACGCCAGUAAAACAAUGUUGUUUAAUUUUGAGGACUAUAGUUGUUUUUUGCAAGUUACUCUAUUAAUAAUAUUAUUUGUUCAAAAAGAAAAAAGUUACAGUUCAAAUGAAAUUCUGAUAGUUAACCCUUAUCAUGUUAGACACGAUUGAUUCAGCCUGAGUAACUAGUGUGGAUCAUGAUCAGCCUGCACAUCCAUGCAGUCUGAUCAAGAUCUGCACUAUUCGCCAUUCAGUCGGUAUCUUUUUGGUUAGCUAACAUUAACGAUACUGUCUAAAUUGAAAGAUGGACAAGUUCAUUAUAGAAACUUAGCAGGGUAAGGGUUUACAAUUUUGCAGAGUUGCCUUUUGUUCAUUGUGCAUGUAAGGAUGGCGUUUAAUAGGCUUAAGAGUUUUUCGUUACACUUUGUCAAAAUUAAAGUUACUGUAGUGGAUAGUGGCGGGAAAAAAACAAACAGAAAGCAAAAAAAUCAAGCAUCAUGAUUAUGUAGUUCUUAGUAUGUUUGAAGAACAUCAACAUUUUUUUUAGGAAAACGUUUGGUACAUUCAACGUAAUUCAUUUUACUAAUGUGAACAAUUUUGUUUCUCAACAUACACUUAGUUGGUUCCAUGUGUGACAGAUGUUUAAAUUUUGGAAUGAAAUGUAUAUUUUUGCUAGACAAAUAUGUCUUUGUGUUUUAAAGAUAUGUAUCUUUGUAUAUGUAUUUUUUACUUCAGUUGUAAUUGUUAGAUGUUAUGCUAGUCCUAUUUGUACAAAACAUGUCAAAAUUGCUACAUUCCAAAGAGGUUUUUGUGCUCUGACUGAAAAAGGAGAUUGGUGCAAUUAACUUUACUCUUGUUUUGAUGUCGAGACAAUUUAUGUAUGUCCUGAUAAUAUCCAGUGUCAAACUUCUCAUUAAUCAUCAGUCUUCAUUUGUUCAGCCAUCAUCAAUGAUUUCCUGUGAUCUAUAAUAGGUGUAUUUAACCUUUAGCCUGCUCGCGGCAAGUUAUUCUGCCUUUGCGACCAGUGCGACCAAGAUCAGCCUGCACAUCCGUGCAGUCUGAUCAUGGUCUGCACUGUUCGCUAUUUAGUCAGUAAAUAUUCAGUGAACACCCCAAUGAAUAAUAAGUGGUACUGCCGAAACUGAAUGACGGACCAGCCCAUUUUAGAAAUUAAGCAGGGUAAGGGUUAAAGAAGAUUAUAUUUGAAAUCGUCAUCAUUCUCCAGUUAAGGUGUUGGAACUGUAAUUACCAUUAGAAAUUUGGUGUAAUUACCAAUUCUGAUACGUUAUUUUGACAUCCUUUCGCCGUAAUAAAAAAUGUUUUUUCAUAACUACCGGAAACUGCUGAAAUUGCAUAUGGAGAAUAGGUUAUCGAACAGAACAUGCCGAUUCUUGUUACAGGUCCACUACCUUAAAAUGGCUUGUAAUUCAUCACUGAUAAUUAUGUGGUAAUUAAGAGGACACCUGUUUCCAAGUUACAGUCUCCGAGUUUAUAUUACUUUAUUUAAUGUUGGUAUUGAUGAAGAAAGUUGUUGAUUAAAUUGUAAAUUUUUCACGUUUAUAUUUCAAUAUUUAGGGGAGUGUUGGUCUAGUGGUUAUGGUGUCGGAUGCUCAGCCCAGGUCUCUACUGGGUUCAUGACCAUGCCAUCUUAUAUGACACCAGUAUUGGUUUUUCCAGGAAGCUGACUGGAGUGUGGUUCAAAUAAGCUUGACACUUUCAUCACAAUAGAGCUAAAAUAAAUUAGUAUAUAUCAAUAUCAACUAUAAAACAAACAAAUGUAUGAUUUCUAAUUGUUAUAAGAAAUAGAAUUUUAUAAUUUUUUACUUUCCAGCAUUGUAGGCUCCAGUGAUUAUAUUUAUUUUAUCUAAUUCAGCAUUACACAGGUUAAAAGCGAUUCAGUUUAGAGUAACGUCUCAUAUCAGGAAGUCUCCCCCUUUUGGCAUAAUAAUCAAAGAGUGAAAAAUAAAAAUUAGAUUAUAUUAUUUUGUCUGUAUGCAACAAGUUUUGUGAAUCUUCUGAGUUUUUAGCUCACAUGUCACAAAGUGACAGUGUGAGCUUUUGUGAUCGCGCAGCGUCCGUCGUCCGUGCGUGCGUCCGUGCGUAAACUUUUGCUUGUGACCACUCUAGAGGUCACAUUUUUCAUGGGAUCUUUAUGAAAGUUGGUCAGAAUGUUCAUCUUGAUGAUAUCUAGGUCAAGUUCGAAACUGGGUCAACUGCGGUCAAAAACUAGGUCAGUAGGUCUAAAAAUAGAAAAACCUUAUGACCUCUCUAGAGGCCAUAUUUUUCAAAAGAUCUUCAUGAAAAUUGGUCAGAAUGUUCACCUUGAUGAUAUCUAGGUCAAGUUUGAAACUGGGUCACAUGCAUUCAAAAACUAGGUCAGUAGGUCAAAUAAUAGAAAAACCUUGUGACCUCUCUAGAGGCCAUAUUUUUCAUUGGAUCUGUAUGAAAGUUGGUCUGAAUGUUCAUCUUGAUGAUAUCUAGGUCAAGUUCGAAACUGGGUCAGCUGCGGUUAAAAACUAGGUUAGUAGGUCUAAAAAUAGAAAAACCUUGUGACCUCUCUAGAGGCCAUACUUGUGAAUGGAUCUUCAUGAAAAUUAGUCUGAAUGUUCACCUUGAUGAUAUCUAGAUCAAGUUCGAAACUGGGUCACGUGCCUUCAGAAACUAGGUCAGCAGGUCAAAUAAUAGAAAAACCUUGUGACCUCUCUAUGGGCCAUAUUUUUCAUGGGAUCUGUAUGAAAAUUGGUCUGAAUGUUCAUCUUGAUGAUAUCUAGGUCAAGUUCGAAACUGGGUCAGCUGCGGAUAAAAACUAGGUCAGUAGGUCUAAAAAUAGAAAAACCUUGUGACCUCUCUAGAGGCCAUACUUUUGAAUGGAUCUUCAUGAAAAUUAGUCUGAAUGUUCACCUUGAUGAUAUCUAGGUCAAGUUCGAAACUGGGUCACAUGCCGUCAGAAACUAGGUCAGUAGGUCAAAUAAUAGAAAAACCUUGUGACCUCUCUAGAGGCCAUAUUUUUCAUUGGAUCUGUAUGAAAGUUGGUCUGAAUGUUCAUCUUGAUGAUAUCUAGGUCAAGUUCGAAACUUGGUUAGCUGCGGUCAAAAACUAGGUCAUUAGGUCUAAAAAUAGAAAAACCUUGUGACCUCUCUGAAGGCUAUACUUUUGAAUGGAUCUUCAUGAAAAUUGGUCAGAAUGUUCAUCUUGAUGAUAUCUAGGUCAAGUUUGAAACUGGGUCACGUGCCAUCAAUAACUAGGUCAGUAGGUCAAAUAAUGAAAAAACCUUGUGAUCUCUCUAGAGACCAUAUUUUUCAUGGGAUCUGUAUGAAAGUUGGUCAGAAUGUUCAUCUUGAUGAUAUCUAGGUCAGGUUCAAAACUGGGUCACAUGAGAUCAAAAACUGGGUCACUAUGUCAAAUAAUAGAAAAAAAUGACGUCAUACUCAGUUCAAAACUGGGUCAUGUUGGGACAGGUGAGCGAUUCAGGACCAUCAUGGUCCUCUUGUUUUUUAAAUAUUUAAGGAAAAUUGUUGUGAUUUUUGGUUGUCAGGCAUUUUCUAAAGUAGACUUUAAAAAUGGAAAAUGUUCCGAGUUUUCUUUUCCUGGGUCUUAUUGCAUCUCAUUAGCUAAGCCUGGAUCCAAGAUUACAUAAAUAAGAUUGAAGAUCAGUCUCAAAGCUCUAGCAUCCGAUUGGUUAAUUUUGAGCUCUGACAAAUAACGAAGUUGAGUUUCCAGUCCAUACUCCAAUCUCAGUUUUACAACCUAAGACCCAGUUUAGUGUUUUUGUUUAGUACGUAUAUUCUAUUUUGAUCUGUGUUCAUACCAAUGCAGUCAAAAAUGAAAAUAUAUAUUACAUUUAGUUUUAUGUUAAUUUUAUUUGACUGAAAACAGGUUAUGUUUGAUCAGAUGUAUUUAGUUCACGGUUGAAUUCUCGUGCCUUGGCAUGAAAAGAAUGCAAUCGAAAUUUUCUAUUUUUGCAACAAUACUGUAAAAUCAUUUAAUUUCGUGGGCAUGAAAUUUCGUGGUUUUGGUCAAAACAGUAUCUUUGUGGGGAUAUGAAUUCGUGGAUUUCAACUUUUGAAUAUAAAAUGAAUGGGAAUUGUACUUGUUCGUUGGGAUUAAAUUUCCUGGAUUGACUCAACCACGAAAUCCACAAAUAUUAGUUCCCCACGAAUAUUAAUGAUUUCACAGUAACUGUAGCCGGUUGUUGUUAAGUGGACAAAUACAUAAUCUUUGUUGUUCAGGAAUUCACUUGUGUUCUAUUUUUACUUCUGUUGAAAAUGUAGGAUAGUGUAUAUUUAUAUAAAGUAAAAAUAGCUCUAAGAAUGUCAAUGUUCUUUAUUUCUCCUAUAGAGACUCCCAAGUUAUUUGUGAACAUACGUUUCAAGUAAAUAAUUUACUAAGAACGAUAUAAGUGGCUGAAUUUAAUUUGUAUUUACUGAUUAAGAGUACCAAAGGACCUCAUUUUGAGGUCCUUUGUCAGUAAAUAAUUUAGUUAAAAGCUUAAAACUGCCACUUUGUUAAAUUGUUUUAUGAAAAGUUGUUUCUUUGUAAAUUCUUCUUUGUUUUAAUAUGCAAAUUUAAAAUGGAAUUAGAAUAAUAUUUGUAAAUUUACAAACUGAGAGAUGUUUACAAUUUCUUAGUUUUGAAAAUGUUGGUUGCCUGCAAAGAAAACUCCCGGUUUGGCCUGUAAAAUUCAUUUAAUUGAAUUUUUGAAAUUUGACUGUUAUGAGGAUUUUGUAGGUUUACAGAGGGUAAAUUCAAUGAACACAGAGGAACAUAAAAAGCAUUAAUGUCUAUAGCACCACUACCACUAACUAUAUUAAUUAAGUAGAAUAAUUAAGGUAAACUUUAGUCUUUUCUUUGUAUUUUUCUUAUUUGUUUUAAAUUCUAUUUCAUUGUAUAAUUAUUAUUAUAUACUGAUAUAUUGGUUUUGUCAUUUGGGCCACUCUAUGAGAAAACCAACGUAGUGCGUUUGCGACUAGCAUGGAUCCAGACCAGCCUGCGCAUCCGUGCAGUCUGGUAAGGAUCCAUGCUGUUCGGCGCAGGCUGGUCUGGAUCCAUGCUGGUCGCAAUCGCACUAUGUUGGUUUUCUCAUGGCGCAGCUCAUUUAUGUCUGCAUAGCAUUGAUCAAUUGCUUCAUUUGCAGCUUCUUUGGGAGGAAACUUUAAAAUUUUAUGUAAAACAAAAGUAGUUAUAUUUGUUGAAGCUCUUAUCAUGUUUAUUGUAAUUUGUCUGUUAAAUCUAGGCUACUACUCUGUUUUGUAAAUAUAUACAUACAUUGGCAAUCUAAGAUAUUCUUUAUUUUGUUUGAAAAGUUUUGUUGAAAAAAUCAUUUCAUAUAUCAUACAGCAUUAUAGACCUACUAUUAAAAGACCUCUGCUGGGAUCUUUAAGAUUCUUUGGAAGCAUAGAACACAACCAAGCAAUUUAGCAGACUGGGUUCAAUUAGGAAUAUUCAUUAGGGCUUAUCAGCACUCCUCAAGCCUGUCAGUGUCUAAAAGAAUACUGUACUUUUAAGACAUACCUGUGUGAUUUUCAGAGUUAUAAAAAUUAAUGUGGUCAAAGGGAAAACACCCACUCUUUGAUAUUAGAAUGUUCCUUAUUUAACUAAGUUCUAAGGAGACUACCCUUUCUUAGAAAAAGCAAUGAAAAAUAUCCAACAGGAAAAGUUAUAUUUCAAGAAAGCAGUCCCCAAAACCAUAAUAAGUUUUCCAGUCUACAAAAUUUCAAUCGGUAAAAUAUUUGCUAAUAGAAUAGCAGGUUUUUUUUCUCUUUGCCAGUGAUUAGAUGUUAGAACUCCAGCAGAUGUUUUAAUUUGGAUACUGUCUCUAAGUCGAGAGAAGCAUUUUAGUUUUUGUGGUAUUUGAUUGGUUAGUCUUUAGAAAAAAAAACACACGAAAGCCAAGUGCCAUUUGAAAAAAAAUGUGAUAUUUUCUGCCAGCCUGUACUUUGUAAACAUUUAUUGCAGUGAUGUUUAACGAGAUUUAGUUAUUUAAGAUUUGAGAAUUAUCAUUAUGUUGUGGACAAAUAUAAUGUAAAUUUGCUGAUCUACAGUUUACUUGUUUGUGUCGAUAAUAAAAUAAAUGUUAUGACCUGUAUGGAUAAUGAUAAUAAUACAGACUUGUUGAUGGC